AUGGCGCCGAGCACGAUCCGGAAGGCGAUCGGGGCCGUCAAGGACCAGACGAGCAUAGGCAUCGCGAAGGUAGCGAGCAACCUGGCGCCGGACCUGGAGGUGGCGAUCGUCAAAGCGACGUCGCACGAGGACGAGCCGGCGAGCGAGAAGCACGUGCGGGAGAUACUGACGCUGACGUCAUCGUCCCGGGGCUACGUCCACGCGUGCGUGUCGGCGGUGUCGAAGCGUCUGGGGAAGACGCGCGACUGGAUCGUGGCCCUCAAGGCGCUGAUGCUCGUCCACCGCCUGCUGAACGACGGCGACCCGGUGUUCGGGGACGAGAUCGUGUACGCGACCCGGAGGGGGACCCGCCUCCUGAACCUAUCGGAUUUCAGGGACGAGGCUCACUCGAACUCGUGGGAUCACUCUGCUUUUGUGAGGACAUACGCUCUGUACUUGGAUCAGAGGCUCGAGCUCAUGCUGUUCGAGAGGAAGAGUGGUGGUGGUGGUGGUGGUGUUGGAGAUCGACAGAGCUCGAUUGGGUCUAAUGGGUCUUUGCAUUACAGGUCUCCGCCGCCGAGGAAUUACGAGUAUGAGUAUGGAGGAGAGCGAGAUCGGGAGUUUAAGGACUAUGAGAAUGGAGGGGGGAUGAGAAAGUCGAGGUCUUACGGGGAUAUGAAUGAAUCGGUGAGUCGAAACGGGCGAGAUGAGAAGAGGGCUGUGACCCCAUUGAGGGAUAUGAAGCCGGAGCAGAUUUUUGCGAAGAUGGGUCAUUUGCAGAGGCUGUUGGAUCGGUUUCUGGCGACCCGACCCACGGGUUUGGCGAAGAAUAGUCGGAUGGUUUUGGUUGCUGUGUACCCGGUGGUGAGGGAGAGCUUUCAGCUGUAUGGUGAUAUCUGUGAGGUUUUGGCGGUUUUGCUUGAUAAGUUUUUCGAUAUGGAGUAUCCGGAUUGUGUGAAAGCGUUUGAUGCAUAUGCGAGCGCGGCAAAGCAGAUUGAUGAGCUUGUCGGUUUUUAUGCCUGGUGCAAGGAUUCGGGUCUGGCCCGGUCGUCAGAGUAUCCAGAGGUGCAAAGGAUUGGGAGUAAGUUAUUGGACACAUUGGAGGAGUUUGUGAGGGACAGGUCGAAGGGAACCAAGAGUCCUGAGAGGAGAGUGGAGCCUGUUCCUCCGCCUCCUCAAGAGGAGGAGCCCCAAAAUAUGAAUGAGAUUAAGGCAUUGCCAGCGCCGGAGAAUUACACUCCGCCACCGCCCCCUGAGGUUGUGGAGAAGGCGGAGCCCAAACAGGAAGUGGUACCGGACUUGGUGGAUUUGAGGGAUGAUGGGGUUUCAGCUGAUGCACAGGGGAAUAAGUUGGCUUUGGCUUUGUUUGCUGGUCCUGGUGGUAGUGGACCUGCAAAUGGAUCAUGGGAAGCUUUCCCAUCAGAUGGGCAGCCCCAAGUCACCUCAGCUUGGCAGACCCCUGCUGCGGAGGCCGGCAAGGCAGAUUGGGAACUGGCAUUGGUAGAAACAGCAAGCAAUUUAUCUAGGCAGAAACAAAAUCUGGGUGGCGGGCUUGAUCCGUUGUUAUUGGAUGGAAUGUAUGAUCAGGGCGUUGUGAGGCAGCAUGUGAGCACUUCCCAAUUGAGUGGCGGUAGUGCUAGUAGUGUAGCAUUGCCCGGGCCAGGGAAGAGCGCCACACCGGUGUUGGCUCUUCCCGCCCCAGACGGGACAGUUCAAGCGGUGAAUCAGGACCCAUUUGCUGCAUCAUUAACCGUUCCACCGCCUUCCUAUGUGCAAAUGGCGGAUCUGGAGAAGAAACAGCAUUUGCUUGUGCAGGAGCAGCAGGUAUGGAAUCAGUAUGCCAAGGAGGGAAUGCAAGGCCAAGGUAGUUUGGCGAAAAUGAGCGCUCCGGGGUACUACGGAGCAGCACCUUAUGGUAUGCCUCCGGUACCUUAUGGAAUGCCUCCGGCAAAUGGAAUUGGGAUGCCGCCGCCGGCUGGGUACUACUACACUCCUUACUGA